AUGUCCCGCCUCUUCCGCCGUGCGCUCAGCACCGUGCCCACAGCACCCGCCGGGCCCAGCACGACUGGCUCGGUCCCCCUCGCCGUCCGCCGCCGCCGCGCCGAGUUCCCCGACAUCCAGAAGCCCUCUCCUCUCACCUCGCCCGAGAAGUUUGUUGGCGCAAACGCACACGAGCUUCCUCCCAAGCUCGAGGACAUGUUCCAGAAGAUGCGCCUGGCCGGCCAGUACAAGGGCGACGAGAUGUCGGCCCGCCGCGCUUUCCUCAAGUCCCAGAACCAGUGGCGCUCGCGUGUGCGUGGUUACGGUCGUGUCAACACUGUGACCCAGGAAGUCCAGGUCGACAGCCACAUGGGCCACCUCAAGCGCGAGGGUGCUCCCCGCGCAGCUCCGGCAACUGAGUCAGAGUGGCGUGACGCUGUUGUUGCGCAGAAGAUCUACCUUCCCAACAUCCAGAUCCGCCUGGUGCGCAACCACACCCCUCCCGGAGAGGCCUACGACCCGUGGACGGCCACGUUCCGUAUCCCCAUUGGCAUGACCAAGACCGACCUGCGUUCUUACCUCUCGGCCGUGUACGACCUCGACGUCACCUUCAUCCGUACCGACAUCUACCUUGGCGAGCUCACGCGUGUCGCUGGUGGCCGGAUCAAGCGUAAGAGCGGUGCGCUUAAGAACUAUAAGCGUGCCGUGGUCGGUCUCACCGAGCCAUUCCACUACCCAGACGACAUUGAGGAGAUGAGGGCCGGUACUUGGGGCGGUGUCGAGGCCGGCAAGGCGCUUGCCGAGGAGCGCGAGGAGAUCCUCGAGGCCGAGUACAUCGUCAAGGGCGUCGAGGACUACCGCAAGAAGCAGAGGAUGAAGCUCUACAAGGGCUACCGCUGGCGCACAGCCACGCACGACAAUGCCGGCAACACCAUUCGCGAGAUCAUGAAGCGCCGCAAGGACCGCGAAGCCGCGAUUGCUGGCGUUGGCCACAACGUCGUCGCCGUCGACGCCGCCGCUGACCAGCCCCAGGGCGGCCAGACCUCCAACGAGGCCUAG